AUGGCCCGCUUUCUGAUGUCGCUUGCUUCCUUUCCUGCGAGGACUCUCCUAUUUUCUCGGAGCCCUGGUGUCAUUGUCAGCCAUAAUCAGCAGCGAGCAAUGACUGCCGAUCUCUCCCUGGGAAGCGGCCCGGAGACAGACCUGCGUCGACAACGAGAAGCUCUCCACAAGAUUGAAGCAAAGUGGCACAAACGUCUUCAGAAGCGGCCACCAGGAAGUGGCCUACGGGCUCGCUUGCUUCGUCACGGGGAAGCUCUAGACAAACUUGAGGCCGAGUGGCACCAACACCUUCAGAAGCAACAGCAGGACAACGAGAAGGAAAUGGAAAAACAAACAGCAGAAAAUAAUCAGCUCCAUGUAAUUUAAUCUCUGUUCCUAACCCACAGAACAUUUCUAACAAAUCCUGCUCCAGGGCUUCCUCCUUCGGGAAAAAAAAGAGAAGCUGCGCCAGGAGGGGAAAUUCAAUAUUCGGGGGGCCUUAGGUAUGGGAUCACAAUAUUUUCCUGUUUAUAAGGAUACUCACAUACAGCCGCAGAACACAUAGUCUACCAGGCCAGAAUGGAGAACCAGAUCCCGCGUGAAAUGGUGAGGGUAGAAGUAGGGCUCUGCGCUCUAGCAGAUCGUGAUGAUUUUGCGGUCUUGGUUCGUCAGGAAGUGCUAGCCCGCGGGCUUGUACUUAGGGAUGUCAUGGGUUGCGCUCACACCCUCUACAAAGUGUCGGAGCGCGCUAGUGGUAAUGACGAUUCUAAAAUUAUCAUUAGAGCUUCAGAGUUUACGAGUGAUGAACGCGCUGCAAUGGUUACCUUCAUGAAGCUGCAGGGGGGGUGGCGCCGAGCAUUGGAUUGGGUGGAAGAUGAGGCCGAUAAGCAGAGGGUAUAG